GGCGCACAAGGUAGGCUACGAUUCUGGCUUGGUCAUCACCCUUCCUACGAGGGGAAGUAGCGAUCUCUUGUCUAUCUAUCUAUAAAUAAAACAAGGAAAACAAAGCCAUCUGUCAAGAGGGAUAUAGAUUCAGAAAGACGUACCCUAACUACUGUUGGCUGCUUCAUGGCCUCCCCGCAAUCCUCCUACGGCUCAUCCGAGGAAGACGCCUCCUCCGAUGGUUCUGACCACCAAGUUGUGGAGAAGCAGCCUCUAAGAGAAGAAUCGGAGGAGGAGACUGGGGGCAAUGAAGAAUCGGAGGAGGAGGAGGAGGAGGAGGAGGGGGCGGGGGACAAUGUGGUGCCGGACGAUAAUAACAUCCACCAGUCGCCACUGCAAGGCGACACGGUCCCAGAUUCCGAGUCGCCGCCCAGGUCCCAACCCAAGAGGAAGGCCGUGGAUGCAGAACCUGUCGAGCCCAAGAGGAUGAGGUCGGCCGAGGCGCCGCAGCCUAGGAUGCAACCUGAGGCCACUGAAGUUGCUCUGAUUCAACCUGAGAUCGCUGAACAUGCUCUGACUAAGAGCGAUGCGGAGAAGCUAUUCCAAGUUAAGAUCGAUUUUUAUUGGCACCUUGGGCAAGAGGUGUUGGCCCUAGAGGAGAAACAUCCUGGGUUGUUCAAGUCUCCGUUCCUGAAGCUUCCUGACGAGAAGGCCAGGAUACUCAAUGCCAAACUUCAGAAGCAACACAUUGCAAAAUUAAAGGCUUUGUUACGGCUGGCUGAUAUCAGAAAGGAGGUGACGAACUCCCUCAUCAAUUGUCUCGACUGAAGUCAUGAUAUAUAGUUAUCAGUUUUCUUCACUUGCCCAUUUGUUGCAGAACUGGAGCGAACCUGAAAUGCGUUCAGUUUACAGGUGUUAAAAGACAGCAACACCAGGAAGACACCGGAAGUGGGGCCUAUUAUAUUAAGCCACAAUUCGCUAGUUGGUUAUUUUGGUUUCUAUUCUGCUCGAUAUUUAUAUAUACUCUAUCUAUGUUACUACUGGUGUUAUCAAAUUUUGGUCCGGGUGGGACAUGUCUGAAUGAUUGAUUCAAGUAUUAAUGAUAUUGGGUCUCUCUGAACUUGGCCUCUUAA